AUGCCAACUGAGGCAGGAAGCAAGAACCGUGAAAACAAUGCUGGAACUUCUGGCGACGUCAACGACAAAUUGCGGAAGCGAGAACAUAAAGGGUCGAACAAGGAGAAUGAACCAGGGCUACCGGCUUCUUCUACCAUGAAGAAUACAGAUCCAAUUGAGAUUGAGGAUGAGGGCAUUUCUAGACUUCCAGAUGAUUCGGAUGAUGGUGCGAGGUAUAUCGUCGACUCUUCCGAUGAGGAUUCCCCAUCGAAAAUCAGCGCAGAUAUGACAAAGACAUCAUUUGGAUCAAAAAAUCAAAAAUCAAGUCAAGUCACCACUGCAUCCCCUGUUCUCGAUGGAAAAUCCACAAGCACAAAGCCGUCCGAGUCAAAUUCCACUAAGGGUGUCAAGAGGAAGAAGGGAGAAAACGACUUCUCGCAUAAUAAAGAUGUGGAUAUAUUCGGCAACAUGCAGAGUAGCAGUAAAAAGCGUAAAUCAUAUAUACAAACGCACAAAGAGCACAAACCUCCCAAACCUGGUGCCAACAAUUUUACGGGGAAAAGGGCCGGACCUAAGAAGGCCACCAAGUAUGGGAGGAAGGCAUCACCGGUAAAAGUUUUCAAAAAUUAUGGAAGUAGUUCUCCAAGUCUGGCCAGCGAUGAUGGGAAGCGAAAACUACAAGACUAUACAAUAGAUUCCCCCACGAAAAUACAAAGUCCAGCCAGAGGUGGUCUUGUUGUCCCGGAUUUCAGUGAUGAUGAUUUCUCUGAUCUAGAUUUAUCCAGCAAGUCAAAGCCGUCAAAUUCCACACUUCCAUCAAGAAAAUCAAAAAAACUUCAACUAUACGAUGAUGCUAUAUUGGAUGGAGCGGAAGAACUGGCGAAGAAAGUAAACCCGGACGCCUUAUUUGGCAUCACUAAUCUUGGGAGGGAAGAUAGUUCAGACCUUGACGAUCACACAGGACCUCGUUGUCCCAUGUGUAACGAAGCUGUGGCUGCUGAAGAUUUGGAAGCCUUUGGCGAGAUGAAUACUCGAAAGCAAGAGAAAUUCUGUUUAUCUCAUCAACGAAAGAGCGCGCGAUCAAAUUGGAAGGUUAAGGGUUACCCCGAUAUUGAUUGGACAACUUUAGAUUCUCGAAUUGCCAACCAUCAUGCAUUCAUCAAGAGGUUAAUUAGUGGUGCAUCUUGUCAUUCUCGAGACAAAUUGGAUGAGAAGAUCAGAACUGGGAAAGAUCGAAAUUUAAUGAAAACCACUACGAAUCUCACGCCAGGUUAUUAUGGUUCUCGAGGUUUACGCCUCAUGUCGGAAAAUAUUAUGCACAAGUUCACGCCAAAAUUAAAGGAGAGAGCACCUAUCGACCGUCUUAUUUCAGCAAGAGGUCCGACGGCAUUUGUGGAAUCGGUUAUCGUACCCGAACUUACAGUUUUAUUGAUCAAGGAAGAUAUGAAAGUUGAUGAGGAAGAAGCCAGGGAAAUUCUAAAGGAGAGUUGCGAGAUAGGAGAUCUGGUCAAUGAGGAGAUCAAAGAUGUUGUAAAGCUAAAGCCUAAGGAGAAGAGGUAUAUUAACGACAGUGAUGAUGAUGACGACGAUGAUUUUAACUUUUAG